GCUGCUUUCUGAGUGAGAAGAGGACGUGUUCUCCUGAUGUUGUAGAUCAGGAAGCACCUGCAGCUCCUCCAGGGUUUAAUUACGCCGCGUUGAGCUGAUGUGCAAUUACAAUUACAAACUACUCGUGUAGCUUGAGCUCUAUGGCAUCCAGUCCAAGGAAGUCCCCCCUGGUACCACUGAGGGGACAGCUAAGGGGACCACUGUCGUGGAAUAUUUCAAUAAGACUAGUUUGGAAGAAGAGAAUGAUUUGUUCUUAGGUUUAUCUAAUAAAAGAAAAGUCUUGAUGAAUGAUCAAAGUUGUUAUAAUAUAUUUUACCAUUACACCUCUGAAGGGACAUCUAAAGGUAACGUGGGGACAUCUGAGGGGACAUCUAUGGGGACCACUCAGAAUACUUCAGCUCUAGAGGACGAGUUCAUGUGCAAGAGUCCGGCCAUAUCGGACAUCGUCAUCCUGCUGGACGGUUCCUCGAGCAUCAGUCGCAUCAACUUCGAGCUCGCUAGGACCUUCCUGGAGAACCUGGUCAGGGCCUUCUCGGUGGGGUACGACAAGACCAGGAUCGGCCUGGUUCAGUACUCCGGAGACUUCUGGAUCGAGUGGCACCUCAACGCUCACACCACCAAAGAGGGUGUGAUCGAGGCGAUAAAGAACCUGCUGCACAAAGGAGGGGGCACGAAGACAGGUCAGGCUCUCAUCUUUAUCCUGGACACCAGCUUUAAAGCCAAGUUCGGCUCCAGGCCCGGCGUUCCCAAGAUCCUGAUUCUCAUCACGGACGGGGAUUCCCAGGAUGACGUCACCUCUCCCGCGCGCAGCCUCAGGGAGGCCGGGAUCGAACUGUUCGCCAUCGGUGUGAGAGACGCCCCUUUCAGCGAGCUGAAGGCCAUCGCGUCUCCCCCCGAGGAAACUCACGUGUACAACCUGGCCGACUUCAGCGGGUUGAGCAACAUCGUGGAAAGUCUCAGCAAGACGGUGUGUGAGCGGGUGGAGCAGCUGGACACGCAGAUCAAAGACUACAUCAGGCUGGUGAAUGGGUCUACUCACUGCUCAGGCAGACUGGAGGUGAGGUCUAACCAGUCAAACCAGUCAAACCAGUGGUCCUCAGUGUGUGAAGAGGACUUUGACCAGCAGGAUGCAGAGGUGGUCUGUAGCGAGCUUGGCUGUGGGGCUCUUUCAGUCCUCCAGGGGGCGCUCUAUGGAGAAGUGGAGGCUCCAAUGUGGACCAAAGAGUUCCAGUGUGGAGGCCAUGAGUCUUCCCUCCUGUACUGUAGAAGCUCAGGCUCAGAGAGAAACACCUGCUCACCUGGUAAAGCUGUAGGACUCACCUGCUCAGAACCUGUGAGGUUGGUGGGAGGAGCCAGUCGCUGUGAAGGAACACUGGAGGUGAAAUAUCAAGGAGAAUGGAGACCAGUAGAUUACUACAGGUGGAACCUGAAGGUAGCAGAUGUUGCCUGUAGAGAUCUGGACUGUGGCUCCGCUGUUUCUAUCAGAGACAGAGAGUCCUCAGAGAGCUUUGUGUGGCGGAUUCCCUAUGACUGUGUUCAGUCUGGAUCUGCGCUGAGGGACUGUUUACUGCCAAGAUCCUCUUCCUCCAUCCUGGAUCUCACCUGCUCAGACUCCAUCAGGCUGGUUAACGGGUCUAGUCUGUGCUCAGGCAGACUGGAGGUGAGGUCUAACCAGUCUAACCAGUCUAACCAGUGGUCCUCAGUGUGUGAAGAGGACUUUGACCAGCAGGAUGCAGAGGUGGUCUGCAGGGAGCUUGGCUGUGGGGCUCUUUCAGUCCUCCAGGGGGCGCUCUAUGGAGAAGUGGAGGCUCCAAUGUGGCCCAAAGAGUUCCAGUGUGGAGGCCAUGAGUCUUCCCUCCUGUACUGUAGAAGCUCAGGCUCAGAGAGAAACACCUGCUCACCUGGUAAAGCUGUAGGACUCACCUGCUCAGAACCUGUGAGGUUGGUGGGAGGAGCCAGUCGCUGUGAAGGAACACUGGAGGUGGAAUAUCAAGGAGAAUGGAGACCAGUAGAUUACUACAGAUGGAACCUGAAGGUAGCAGAUGUUGCCUGUAGAGAUCUGGACUGUGGCUCUGCUGUUUCUAUCAGAGACAGAGAGGAGUCCUCAGAGAGAUCUGUGUGGUGGAUUCCCUCUGACUGUGUUCAGUCUGGAUCUGCUGUGAGGGACUGUUUACUGCCAAGAUCCUCUUCCUCCAUCAUGGAUCUCACCUGCUCAAAGCUGCUGUUUCAGCCAAUCAUCUCUGUGUCCUCCUCCAUGUACGGGGUCUCAGAGGCCCAGCAGCAGGGGGCUCAGGUGCUCAGGGGCUCCACCUUCACCGUCUGCUGCUCCAUCCAGCCACAGUACCCAGGAGGCUCCUUCCAGCUCACCUCCCUCUCCUUGAACUCAGCGCACAACUACACCAAGCCAGCUGUCAAUCACUCUGCCAACUUCCUGUUUCCUGCUGCAGAGCCCGCCCACCACGGAAGCUACAGAUGUGUUUAUCACCUCUAUGUUUUUUCUCAUGACUUCUCCUCUGAGAGCCGUCUGCUGCGUCUCUCCGUCGAAGAUCCAACACCUCUCAUCAUCAAAGCGGUCCUCCUGCCUCUGAUGCUGCUGUGGGUGAACGUUGCCCUCUACCUCUACUGUAAGACCACCAGGGGGCGGAAGCUGGACAGACAGGAGGACUUUGAGCUGGAUCAUCGUCACCUGGGUGUUCCUGCAGCUGAAGAAGAAGGAGCUCAGGGAGCAGGGUAGCUCCUCCAAGGAGCUCACCUCACAUCCGGAUGGAUUUGUAUCACACAACCAGCACCGGCUCACUUUCACACGCAUGUUUGCUUUCAACAGGAAGGCUGGAAUAUGACGUGACUUUAUCAGUGUUUCUUCCUCUCAACAAUGUGUUCUUCUGACUUCCUGUCUGUGGCUCUCAGCUCAAAGCCCAUUGGUUCCUGCUUUAAAACACUUCACAGGUACAGAGUCUAAUAAACUACACCUGAGAUCAGGUUUAGCAGAGUACAUAUCAAUAUAAACAUGACACAGGGCUCUCAAGUGAAGGAAUCCACUGCCACUGUUACUCUUUGUUAUUAUUCAUGAAUGUACUUUUUUAAAACUUUCUUUCUAAUUACAGGGUUACACUUAAAACUGGAGCAAUUUGAUCAUUUUGUAAAUAAGGAAAUUUAUUUCAUUAUGUUUUUGUUUAUUUUUCUUCAUGACCUUACUUACUUUAGUAUACAAUUUGUUUUAAUUAAGGAUGUUGCCUUUUUCAAAAGAACAUUUUGUAUUUAGCUUUUUAAAUGUAAAGGAUUUCACUCAAUACU